AAAACUGUAAUAUCUCCAAAAAGUGGGGGGAAAAAAGCAAAGGGAGCAGCUCGUGCUGGGAAGCUGUUCUGCUUUGCUUUGUAUUAUUCCGUUAUCUGUCCGCUCCUCAGAGAAGCCCUCAUCGGAGCAGGCGACGACGCCGUGUUUCUGGGCUUAUUCAGUGACCAUUGUCAGCGUUGGGUGCCUCUGAAGUAAAGAACUAGGGCUUUAUCUGUUGAUUGGUUGGUUUUUGCUAAAAGGAUUUCGUUCAGUCCUACGGCAGGAAGGAAGGCCUGCUUGAUAAAAAAAAUCCUUAUCAUUUUCACUUGAGGAGGUGUUGUGUGUCAUAAUUUCGCACAAUAAAUUGAAGCCGUAGUGGAGAGAGUUUGUUGGGGGAUUUCAUAUGCGUUGAAGCAUGUAUGGGAGAGCUGGUCUUGACCGAUUCAAGAAAGCUCAGUCAUUGGAACCUUUUUCGGUCACUGUUAAUUCGUCCCCUGGAUCUGCUCCCACUAGCCAACCUGCAUCGAGGGCACCAUUAACGGGCAAUUCAUCCGCUCAGUAUUCUCAGCCUCAAACCGCUUACCCACAAACCCGAGACCACGCUAAAGUUCAUGCCUCGCAAAAGCCUGCAGUUCAGGAAGCAGCCCCAUUGUUGGGGCAGACCCAGCCGAUAACGCAGGUUGGUGGGGGGCAGUCUACUUGGCAACCACCAGAUUGGGCGAUUGAGCCAAGAUCUGGCGUGUACUAUCUAGAGGUCCUGAAGGACGGAGAGGUUCUUGAUCGCAUUUAUCUGGAUAAAAGGAGGCAAAUUUUCGGGAGGCAGUUUCAUACUUGUGAUUUUGUGCUCGACCACCAGUCUGUUUCUCGCCAGCAUGCCGCCGUUGUUCCUCACAAGAAUGGAAGCGUAUAUGUAAUUGAUCUGGGAUCAGCCCAUGGCACAUUUGUUGCGAAUGAGCGGCUGACUAAAGACACGCCAGUAGAGCUAGAAGUGGGGCAAUCUUUGAGGUUUGCUGCUUCAACGAGGAGCUACAUCCUGAGAAAGAAUAAUGCAGCGCUCUUCCCACCAGCUCCAUCACCGUCAGAGAUCAAUCUCCCUCCACCUCCUGAUCCUUCUGAUGAGGAAGCAGUUGUGGCUUAUAACACACUGGUGAAUCGCUAUGGUCUUGGCAAGUCUAGCGAUGCAAGAAGUAAAUCUAAGGAUUCCAGUGAAGACAGCAGCGAUCAAUCUCAGAGAGCUGCUAAGAGACUGAAGAGAUUGAGAGUGAUGUUCAAGGAUCAAGCUGGUGAAAAACUGGUGGAAAUUGUUGGUAUAUCAGAUGGUGCAGAUGUGGAGACUGAACCCGGUCCAGUGGGCGUGAAAGAAGGAAGCCUCGUGGGGAAGUAUGAAUCGCUAGUGCAAACAACUAUAAUUCCCAAGGGAAAGGAACAGACUCCGUCGAAGGAAGAUACUUGUCAGAGGGGCGUAACCGACAGACUGCAAGAGGUGUUGAACAAGGUGAAGAACCCCCCGAAAGGUGGGAUCUACGAUGAUCUUUAUGGAGAGUCAUUCUCUGGAAAAGUGGGAUCUUCUUGGGCUUUUUCAUCGAGCACUAGUGUUAGCCCAGCUUCUCCAGUUUCCCCCAAAAAGGAUUCAUCGGGAAAGCUUGCUGGAGCAUCAGGUCACACGGGCCAUGCUAAUGACGACGACGACGAUGAUUUAUUUGGUUGACUAAUUACACCGAGUCGUUUGUAGAGCAGUGGUGUGAUUCUUCAGUUUGGGCUGUUUAAAAUAUCCCAUGGUAUCCAAAAACUCUGCAAGGGGGAGAUUCUUGUUGUAAUUCAUAGGCAACACUUUUGUUUGUUCAGUCAUCGGAUGUACCAGAGAGAGUGUUAAGACGUUGAAAUGCAUUUCUUUUUUAAAUUUUUUUGUGAA